UAGAAGCGAAGUAGUGCACCCAGCAGCGAUGCCUGCGGACGGCAGUUCCUCUGGCAAUAUUAAUGAGUUUUGCCGAGACUGGGAGGUAGUGGACAGCCACCAAGCCACAGGCCGUUUCUCUUGCAGACAAAACCAGGGAGCGUAGAGGAGCCCCCGCCCUGAUCCCUUCCCUGUUGGCUGUCGAGAGGACAGAGGCCCUUCUGUAUCCAGCAGAGGUGGAGAGGAAGGUGCCCCAAACCAGCCCCCACCCUGUUCCCUCGGCGCGGCCUCUUCUUUCCCAGCAACCUUCGGCGUCCCCAGCGCCUGACCCAGCUGCCGAAGCGUCUCGUGUAAAUGCGGGUCCACCACCCGGAUGCGCCCCUCUGGACGCAGCUCCAGGCCGUUACAGAAUAGGGCCAGGCAACUGGAAGUCGUAGCUCCGCGGGGCGCAGGACAGGAAGAGAGGGCCAAAAAGCACUAUACUCCUCUGAGUGCUGCUUUGCAUUCCCUUUGCAUACCAAUCUGUUCGGUCGCUGUCCACAUGCACCCCCGUCCCCACGCAAACCCGGCUCGCGUCCCCUCUCUGUCCCUUCCUCUGCGCUCGCCUCUCUCUUUAGUCCCCUUUCCGGACCCCGUCUUGCUCUGCAAGUUUUUCUACUCAUGAACCCCUCGCCUUCCCCUCCGGACGAGUAAGAGCCCCUUCCCCGAUCCCGACCACCAGGUUCUCGAGAAGACAAUACUCCAAUUAUCUGCGAAGUGGAAGAAACCAAACCGGAGCUGGUGGGGCGCUGGGACCCCAGUUGGAACUUUGAGAGCUUCCAGUUGUCGAGUCCUCGCCAAAGUGUUCAGAGACCUUUCCCAAAACCUCUCGCAGUGCCCCCAAAAUCCUUCCAUGCUAUGGUUGGGGGUCCCUGGUCCCAGCCUAGAGCAAAUAGGAGUUUGGGGAGCAUAGAACGCAGCGGCCCUGGGGGUGCCCACGCCCAACAACAGCCGUUCAGAAGCCCGAGACCUCUGGGCAGAGAUGCGACUGGGAGUCUAGGGAAGCACUCUAUCCCCUCAGCCUGACAGGGAGGUUUCCCAGCCCCCUCCAGACAUUCAUGGAUGGGAUGAGAGGAGCUGGCACUGACCCCCCUCUGUGACCACUUCCUCUUCGGCCAUGGAGGAAGCCUUGCUGCCCCUGGCCAUGAGCUCUGACCCCAGGCCCUAUAAUCAACAACUCUCAGAGCCUCCAGACCCAGGAUGUGUCUUGGAGCCCCAGGACAGUCCUGAGGCAGCACCUGCCCUGGUGUGUGCUCUUUGCUGCUGCCUUGGAAUCAUCUACUGCUGCUUCGGCUACCGCUGCUGCAGGGCAGUGAUGUUUCUCUCGGGCCUGCUGUCAGGAGCUCUGGUGAUCUUCCUACUGUGCCACAAUGAGCGGGUGCUAGAGACACAGCUGAGCCUGGAGGUGAGCGCGGGCAUUGCGCUAGGCAUCGGACUCCUCUGUGGCCUGGUCACCAUGCUGGUUCGCAGUGUCGGGCUCUUCCUGACUGGUCUCCUGCUAGGCCUAACUCUGGGCGCUGGGGCCCUGCUGGGCACCGAGCCCAUCUACCAACCACCUUCAGCCUGGGCGCCAGCUGGGGGGCUGGUGGGGCUGGCACUGCUGGGAGCCCUGCUCACACUUCAGUGGCCACGACCAUUCACAGUUCUGGGCACAGCCCUGCUGGGGGCUGCUGUGCUGGUGGCCUGUGCUGACUACUUUCUGGAGGGGCUGGCACUGGGCCAUCGGUUGGGCCAACGCUUGCAGGCACUUCCAGCCUUGCCUCCUCUCUGCUGGUAUAGCUGGGUCCUCCUGGGGACCUGGCCAGCCCUGGGGGCCCUUGGGGCGCUGGCCCAGUGGAAGCUCAUGGAUGAGGAACGUGGAGGCCACGCCAAUGGAGUGGUCUUGAGCCACCAGCGAAGGCAUCUCCAAUUCCUUCGGAUCCAUCAGCAAGAGGCCAAGUGGCACCAGACCUCCGCUGGGGUGGGGCUCUGUGAGGGCAGCUACCAGCGCCACCUCCCCCAUAACACCUGGGGCCCUGCUGACAGUCUGGCUCCAAGUUAUCUCCAGAGCCUUCGAGAGCACCAGCUGGGACCAGGCCCCCAGGCCUCAGCCCCCAACGCCAUCCUGGACCUGGAUUCUGACUGUGGUUCCACUGUACCCCUCACCACACCUUCUGGUUCCAGCCAGACUUGAGCCUAAACCUCCACUGACCACCCCCAUCCCCACAGCAAGGGCAUAGGGACACCCUAGCAGUGCCUGCACCCACAGGAAACACAAAAACUUCCCUACCUCUGGGACUGGAUAUGGAAUCUGUGCUCCCACCCCCACCAGCCCUGGAGGGAUUUGUUUCAGGGACCAAGGAUCCUGUGGAGUGGGGAAAGGAAGGAUGAGUACCUGUCUCUGUCCAAUCAUGGAGGCACCCUGGCCCCUAAAGUAACUAGCUCCCUAAUUCCUCCAAACCAAGAAGGGCCCUUACCCAAAUAGCCUUCUGUAUGUCUGCCUCAGUGUGCCUCACAUGCUAAAAUAAGGGGUUCUGUGUUUGUAGGACCUAUAGAAAAUCAGGAAGCCUUCUAAAGCACCUGAUAGUUUUUUAGUGGGGAGAAGGGCACAGAGGGGCUCCAGGAUCCCCUAAUCUCCAAGCCCCUUAUUAGGGAGUACUCAGGUUCCUGAUUAGCCUUUCCCCCUGGACCCCAUAGGUCCAAGCCCCCUUCUCCUACCUCAAUUGGGGACACUGUCCUCCAUGGUGCUUCUUUUUCUCUCCUUCUUAAUGUGGGGAAGAUCAUGGGGCAGUACCUGGCUCAGCACCCACCUCCCAAAAAGCUAGCUUCUUGCUCCAAGGAAAGAGCAUUGGCCCACAUGGCACAGUCUUGCCCUUUUGUUUAAAAGAGUCUGGUCUUUGGGGCUGUGUGGGAGACAAGUGCCUUCUCUGCUUCUCAUUGUAGGUAAUGCUGAUCUUAAAUAGAACUUUAUCCCACCCAUUCUAAUCCUCCCCUCUCUGAUUCUUCUGCCCAAAGUCUGUUCCCUGGUUCCCAGACAGCAUGAAGGAAGAUGCAUCCCCCUGGGCAGCAAGGCCUUGAUGGGAGGAAGAACAUGGGUGCAUGUGAAUAAAAUGGCAUUGAACG